AUGUUCGUGGUUCGUAGCGGACCAGCUGGUGAAGGUUCAAGGGCCGCCUAUGGAAUCGUCGGAUUGUUCUGCAGCAUAAGAGAGCCGAACGAAGGGCGCUUUGCUGGUCCGGGAAUAGUGCUACUAGGACGUGCACCGGAUGGAGUCAAGACAACACAAGCCGCACAAUCUUUGGUCCCAGCCGUCUGGGGAGGGAGCCCAAAUGCCCGACGAGCACACAGACACAACACAGGCAAAUCCCAACUGCGGCAGCGGGGCACGACCGACACCGAGCAGAACAAGUCCAAGAACCUCGGGGGGGGGUCUUGGUAUGUUGCUGGUUCUUUCGUCGAAAGUUCGGCCACGAUCGCUGCUCCACAACAGACAGCGAAAUCUGAUACACAGACGAUGGCUGCUGACAGCGAUGGUGGUGUGGGGUGGGAAAAUGGUGGAAUGCUCCGUGUGGAUGGGGUGGAUGCGUGA